AUGCGUUCCUCCGUACAAAGAGGCCUCGUGGCCGCCCUCGCCCUCACAACCCAGGUCCUCAUUGUUUCCGCCGCUAGCGACAGACCCAAAGGAAAUUUCCGCCAAUGUCUCGAAGUAUCGCCCGAAUGCCCCGUAUACGCAACCCUCUAUGGAUACAGGCCCAAUCUAGGGGUCAACGCCUUCUUCUGCGCUAUUUUCGGCAUCUGCUUCCUCGCUAGCCUGGUUAUCGGUAUCAUGAGCAAGACAUGGACUUACACCCUUGCUCUGGGCAUUGGGACGUUUCUCGAAACCGCUGGAUACGCCGGUCGCGUCAUCAUGAACGACAAUCCAUGGAGCGAGUCUGGCUUCAAACUGCAAAUUUGCUGUCUGGUCCUCGGUCCUAGUUUCGUCGCCGCCGCCAUCUAUCUGACGCUCAAGCACUUUGUCCUUUACUGCGGCCCUCAGCAUUCAGUCAUCAAGGCUCGCCUCUACCCAUGGAUCUUUGUCGGCUGCGAUUUCGGCUCCAUUGUGCUCCAGGCCGUUGGUGGAGGCAUGGCUGCUGCAGGUGGCACAACCAACAAGGCGCUCAUUGAUGCCGGCAACAACCUCAUUGUCGCAGGUAUCGCCUUCCAAGUCGCAACCAUGAGUGUAUGCGGCAUCCUCAUUGCCAUCUACGUGUUCCGAUACCGCAAGGCGCGCCAGCAUCGCGAUGCACUCGACGAAAAGAGCAGCUACCAGAUGGACAAAGAGACGGGUACCUUUUCGCUAGGAAAAGUCAAAUUGUUCGGCUCCAUGAUUGUCCUGGCAUACGUCACCGUCUUGAUUCGCUGCAUCUACCGUUUGCCUGAAAUGGCUGGUGGCUGGGGUAACUCACUGAUGCGUAACGAGCGCGAGUUUCUUCUCCUCGACGGAAUGAUGCUUGCUAUCGCUUGUACAGUGCUUACUUUCUUCCACCCUGCAUACUUUUUCCCUCCUUUCGCCGCUUUCCGCCGCUCCAAAUAA